AACACAUUUUACAAACCCAAUUCGUCAUUUUUGGAAUUUGGUUGCUGUAUUUGCUUUGCCCAAUUUUCAAUGAAAAAAAAGAACACACACACAAAUUUUUUUAAAAAAGGCAAGCAAAUUAGUCAAGCAUCAUCUCCUAUCAAACAAUACCAAAUGUCUUCAUAACGAUCAACAAUAAACCAAACACUGCACUUUUUUUUUUUUGGGGGGGGGGGGAGGUUUAAAACAAAAAAACUCCAUACCCCGAAGAGUAAAUGGAAAGUAUGGGAACUUUAACCACAAUUCACCAUUUUUGCUUCUUCUUCACUGUGCUUUUUAUCUUUUUCCCUAAAAUUUCUGUUUCUGUUGAUACUUUGAGUGGUACACAGUUUAUUACACAGAACCAAACUAUUGUCUCUCAAGGUGAUGUGUUCGAGCUUGGAUUCUUUAAUUUGGAUAAUCCAGGUGAAUGGUAUGUUGGGAUAUGGUACAAGAACAUACCCGACAGGACAUAUGUGUGGGUUGCUAACAGAGAUAACCCUGUUUCGAACUCAUCAGGUGUUUUCAAAGUGGAGGAUCGGAACUUGGUGUUGUUAGACGAAGGGAACAACCUUGUUUGGUCCUCAAACAUAACAAAGGGUGAUGCAGACAAGUAUAAUCCAGUGGCACAGUUGUUGGAUUCUGGGAAUUUGGUUCUGAGAGAAGCGAAUUCCAAUGGUGAAACCGACUACUAUUUAUGGCGAAGCUUCGAUUAUCCGACUGAUACGUUAUUACCAGACAUGAAACUCGGGUGGGAUUUAAACACAGGUUUCAACCGGUUUUUGACGUCUUGGAAAACAAGAAACGAUCCUUCGUCUGGUGAUUUCACAUUCAAGUUAGAUUACAAAGGAUUCCCGGAAAUAUUUUUACGGAACAAACAAGAUAUCGAAUACCGAAGUGGUCCGUGGAACGGUCUUCGAUUUAGCGGCGUACCGGAAAUGAAACCGCUCGAUUACAUGAACUUCAGCUUCGUCACUAACCAAGACGAGGUAUAUUACUCGUUUUAUAUUACGAACAAUAAUUUGUUUUCCAGGUUAAUAGUGACACCAACCGGUACACUUGAAAGACUAACAUGGAUACCCGACACCAAGCAAUGGAAUCCGUUUUGGUACGCGCCGAAAGAUCAGUGCGACGAAUACAGCGAGUGCGGUCCGUAUGGUAUAUGUGAUACUAACGCUUCCCCUGUUUGUAAAUGUCCAAAAGGGUUUACACCAAAGAAUGAACAAGCUUGGGAUUUGAGAGAUGGGUCUAAUGGUUGUGUUAGAAAAAAUGAUUUGGAUUGUGGGAAAGAUAAGUUCUUGCAUUUGGUCAAUAUGAAAUUGCCCGAAAGUACAAAUACUGUGGUGUAUAGGUCCGUGAAUUUCAAGGAUUGCCAAGCUUUUUGUGCUAGGAAUUGUUCUUGUACUGCUUUUUCUAAUUGGGAUAUUAGGAAUGGGGGUAUAGGGUGUGUUAUUUGGAUUGGUGACCUUAUUGAUUUGAGGCAAUAUACAAGUGAUGGUGGUGGGCAAGAUUUGUUUAUUCGAUUGGCAGCUUCAGAUUUAGGAGAUGGUGGGAAUACAACUGCUGUAAUUACAGGCACUACAGUGGGUGGUGGUGUUUUGAUUUUAGUACUGAUAGCCAUUGUCAUAUGGAAGAAGAAGAAGGCAAUGAAAAGAAGUGGAAAAAUAGAAAAGAAAGGUCCUCUUGAAAGAAGUCAAGAUUUUCUAUUGAAUGAAGUGGUCAUCUCAGGCAAGAAGGAAUACUCGGGCGAAAGUAAUCCCGAUGAAAUUGAAUUACCGUUGUUCGAUUUCAACACCAUUGUAACGGCUACAGACAACUUCGCCGAUGAAAAUAAGCUCGGACAAGGUGGUUUCGGAAGUGUAUACAUGGGUAGGUUGCUUGAGGGUGAAGAAAUAGCUGUAAAAAGGCUUUCAAAGAACUCGGGGCAAGGGACUGAAGAGUUCAAGAAUGAGGUUAGGUUAAUUGCAAGGCUACAACAUCGGAACUUGGUUCGACUUGUUGGUUGUUGCGUCGAAACAGACGAGAAGAUGUUAGUUUACGAGUACAUGGAAAACAGAAGCCUUGAUUCUGUGUUAUUCAAUAAAGCAAAAAGCUCCUUGUUAAAUUGGCAAAAGCGGUUCAACAUUAUUUGCGGUAUUGCUAGAGGAUUAUUGUAUCUUCACCAGGAUUCGAGGUUUAGGAUCGUGCAUAGAGAUCUCAAAGCAAGCAACAUUUUGCUUGAUGGAAAAAUGAACCCGAAAAUUUCGGAUUUUGGGAUGGCUAGAAUAUUUUCUGGUGAUCAAAUUGAGGCUAAUACUAAGAGAGUUGUUGGAACUUAUGGUUAUAUGUCGCCUGAAUAUGCAAUGGAUGGUAACUUCUCAACAAAAUCUGAUGUUUUUAGCUUUGGUGUUUUGGUGUUGGAGAUUGUCAGUGGGAAGAAGAACAGAGGGUUCUAUCACUCAAAUAGUGAACUCAACCUUCUAGGCCAUGCUUGGAGAUCAUGGAAAGAAGGGAAGGGAUUGGAGUUAAUAGAUCCAGCAGUGGGUGAUACCUAUGAUGAACAAGAAGUGCUGAGGUGCAUUCAGGUCGGCUUGUUGUGCGUUCAAGAACGUGCCGAAAACCGGCCGACGAUGUCGACAGUGGUGUUGAUGUUGAACAGCGAAACAGCAACAAUGGCUCAGCCUAAAACACCUGGCUUUUGCCUUGGAAGAAACACACAUGAAACAGAUUCAUCUGCAAGCAAGCAAGAUGAAUCAUGCACUGUGAACCAAGUCACUGUUACAAUGCUAGAUGCUAGGUAGUGAAAAGCUUCACAUGCCUCAUCCGUGGCUAUGUUGUAUAUUCUUAUUUAUUUUUUUAAAGCUUUUUUCUAUAACUUUUGUGGCAGUUUUGGGUCUUCCAUUAAAUGUUUUUUUUGUUAAAGAAAGAAUUGUGAUUCAUGGCUGAUUUCGUAGUCCUUUGUCUUUCUGUGCUGAUUUGGUUGUUGAAUGGUAAAUAAAUGGGCACUCUAAUCUUCGAGAAAAGCUCUAAUUGAUGUGUAAUUAUGAUUGUGCAUUGUAAUUGAUUAUUAUGAUCAAUAGGUGGAUAUGGUGUUAUCACUUUUCUGGGUUA